AUGGCUUCGCUUCUGGGUGCUAACUACGAUUCUUCAAGUGAUGAAGAUUCAAAGACGGCCCCGGGAAAUUCCACAGCCACACCCGUUAUUGCGGCUCCUGAUGUGCCAAUAGAGAACACUCAGUUGCAACUGGCAUUAACCAGUUCCUCAAAUAAUGCGCUAACAUAUAAUGUGGCCUACGACGAACUAACUCGACCAGCAGCCGGCCCUGCAAACCCAUUUCGUUCUAGCCAUGGUGUAAAGAGGAAGAACGUACUAACCGGGCAUGCAGAAGAGGCGAUGAUAAGCGAUGCCACUUUUACGGCGCAACAUCGUACGUUUCAAAGCUUAGGUUAUACUAGAGACCCGAGUGUCGCUGGUGCCUAUGUUGGUGAUUUAGAAAACGCGGCGCGGUUUGGGGGCCGGGACGUGGUACAAAUGCGACCAUCGAAAGAAGUGAGUGCCGCCUUGAGGAGAAAACGACAGAAGAAGGGUGAUUCGAGUAUUGUCGAGGGAGAUGGUGCAUAUUUAGGGCCGUGGGCCAAAUACGAAAACCAGGGCCAGGUGUAUGAAAACGAUCUGGCGUUAGCUGGCGAAGAGCUCGCUAGCGACGAAGAAUACGUCGAAGAAGCUAUCGUACCGUCGAAUAUGCUUGCGAUGGACAAGAGCGCAACUGCGUACGAGGAAGACAGGUCGCAAGCCGAAACGACGGAAUUUCAUGGCUCAGAACAAUUCGACUACCAAGGACGAACGUAUAUGCACGUCCCACAAGACUUGGAUGUCGACCUUACGAAGGAUCCAGGGACUUUCAAGAACUAUAUUCCCAAGAAACUUAUACAUACCUGGAAAUCACAUACGAAACCAAUUACCUCUAUACGCUUCUUUCCGUCAUCUGGACAUCUUUUGCUUUCGUCUUCGGCUGAUUCAAAGAUCAAGAUAUGGGACGCCUACCACUCACGGGAACUCUUGCGAACAUACUCAGGACAUUCAAGUUCCGUAUCUGAUACCACUUUCCAUCCAACAGGGAAGACAUUUCUAUCAGCGUCCUAUGAUCGUCAGAUUAAACUUUGGGAUACAGAAUAUGGAAAAUGUAUUUCGCGCUUCUCGACUGGAAAAAUACCUCAUGUCAUUCGAUUCAAUCCAGAUCCAAGCCACUCGCAUGAAUUCAUUGCUGGUAUGUCCGAUAAGAAAAUCGUGCAAUUUGAUACCCGGACAGGGGAGAUCACGCAAGAAUAUGAUCACCACCUUGCUGCUGUGAACACUCUCACAUUUGUUGACAACAAUCGCCGCUUCAUAUCCACAUCUGACGAUAAAUCCCUGCGAGCAUGGGAGUAUAACAUUCCCGUUCCAAUUAAAUUCAUUGCGGAACCCUAUCUAUAUGCCCUUGUUCGUGCUGCUCCCCACCCCAAUGGUAAAUACGUUGCUUUCCAGUCUGGAGACAAUCAAAUUGUUGUGUAUGCAUCGACAGACAAGUUUCGGCAGAAUCGGAAAAAGAACUUCCGUGGCCAUAACAAUGCAGGAUAUGCAAUCGACGUUUCAAUCAGCCCUGACGGCCAGUUCGUCACAUCCGGAGACAGUGGAGGCUACGUGUGCUUCUGGGACUGGAAGACGGGCAAAAUGUGGCAUAAGAUCCAGGCCGGUGGGAAAGAAGGUUCAGCAAUCACAUGCGUGGACUGGCAUCCGCAGGAGACCAGCAAAGUUGCGACCGCUGGGCUGGAAGGUGUUAUUAAAUACUGGGAUUAG